AUGGGAAAGUUGUCACGAGAUAGACGUGAUAUUUACUAUCGUAUGGCAAAAGAAGAAGGCUACCGCGCGCGGUCUGCCUACAAACUUCUGCAGCUCGACGACAUAUGCCACUUCCUCUCCCCUCCCCCCCACGUACUACGCAGGCGACAACGCCAGCAACAACGUGAACAGAAGUCACAGCAGCAGACGAAUCAAGUGGUGAAAGAACAGCAGCUGCGGCAACAAACAGAAAGGCAGCAGGAAGGAGAUAAAGAGGAGGAGAAGAAGAACCAGCAGCAGCAGCAGCACGAUGAAGAAGGAGAAGAAGAAGAGGAGCAGGAGCAGCAGCAGCAGAAGCAGGGAGGAGGAGGAGAAGAAGAGAUCUACCCACAGAGAGCGGUAGACUUAUGCGCAGCACCAGGCAGUUGGUCGCAGGUACUCAGACGGCGUCUGUACGAAAAUUAUCGACACGCGUGUUGGCUUUACGAGUGUCAAUCGAGAAAGAAGCAGCAGCAGAAGCAAAAACAGCAGCAGCAACAGGAACAACAACAGCAGCAGCAGCAGGAAGAGCAGGACCAGCAGGAACAGCCGCAAAUAGUGGCAGUGGAUCUGCAGGAAAUAGCGCCUAUAGAGGGUGUGCACAUACUACAAGGAGAUAUAACCCAAGAAUCAACAGCAAUAGCAAUAUUGUCAUUUUUUCAACAGCAGCCAGCAGAUAUCGUAGUGUGUGAUGGGGCGCCUGAUGUAACGGGGCUUCACGAUAUAGAUGAAUAUGUACAGGCUGAAUUGCUGAAUGCAGCGCUUAGUAUAUGUUGCAGGGUAUUACGACAUGGGGGCUGUUUCGUAUGUAAGUUUUUUCGUGGAGAGCAGACCCCAUUUGUCUAUUCGAAACUACUCUUGCUUUUUCGUUCAGUCAAAUGCUGUAAGCCUGCAGCGAGUCGAAACAGUAGUAUUGAGGCCUUCCUUGUAUGCAAAGGGUUCAAACAAAAAGAAAUUGGAGAAGAACAUUAUCUUCUUUCGUCAGAAACAGAAGUUGAGGAAGAGGAGGAAUUACAACAACUGGUGGGCGGAUGUCUCGUACCGUUUCUUGCAUGCGGUGAUCUACGCGGAUUUGACGCCGACCGAAAUUAUACGCACAUAUCUAAAUCAAAACAUGGACUUCGAGAGCCACAGCAACCACCGCUGCAUCCACCAUAUGAAGAGGCUUUAUUAGACAAAAGACGAGGGAGGACCAGCAGCAGCGUAGGCAUCCUCGGCAGCUAUGGCAGCAGUACUACCAUUGCUAUACAGUCAUACUGUGGGUAUGUUGUGUCCUUGCGCUCUCCUUCCGGUGGUGUCUGUGUUAUUACUUCUGGUUUGCCGCCGUUUAUUUCCGGCAGCACCCGCAGCAACAGCAGCAGAAGCAUCCUCUCCGUCGUAUUCAUCGUCUUUACGGAACUCUUCGAAUACCCAUCAAAAUCCGUAUCUGGACGCUUGCCACACACAGAUGGCAGCAGCGUGGACAAUUUUUUCAGGAAAAAGCUUUGCUUUUCACCAUUCUGCAGUGAUUUGUUCGCACUCGCCUUUGCCUCCUUCAGGCGGCAUUUCGACUACCACGCCCAUUGA